GUAGAAACACAAAAGACAAUAGUAGUAAUAAUAAUAACAAUAGUAAUACUAUUAUGAACUUUAAUUCUUGAGUACAUACAUCAUUUAAUUGAUUAUUGAAUUCCUCGAGGAGAAGACAUUUGACACAAAGAAUAUUCUAUAUAGUGGUCAUUUUAAUCGUCUACAUAUAUACAUCUAUAUAUUUCUGAUAAUUAUACUCGGUGGGAUAUUGAAUUCACAUUUUAAUUUACAGGAGUUAUAUUGCGCCAAAAUAGAUAAUGUUUCCUAUGACAGCGUUUCCAUUGAAUCCUGUUAACUGUGGUCGAACAUCAACCGAUUAAUAUGGCCAAGUCCUGGAACACUUCAAGGCAUUGGAUCUGGAUUAAACUGUGAUCCAUUGAUGUAUAACACUCAUAAUUCUUCAUCAUUAUCCUCAUCAUCACCAUCAAAUCAUGGUGUAAUAAAUAAUUCAGCUGCGAUAUUCAGUGGAGCGACGAAUUUUCUUUCACGAUCUAACUAUAACUGUGGUGUUAAUCAAACCUAUCGAUUACAACAGCAACAACAACAACAACAGAAUUCAACAAAUUAUUUAAACGAAGAGAUAACAAACCAAUGCAACGACGGUAUAGAUGUUGGCGUUGUCAACGCCACCACCACCACCACGUCAAAUGAAAAAUCCCAAGCAACUAUAGGCAAUAAAUUAUCAUCAACACUGGAUAUAACAACAAAAGCGGAAUGUUUAUCUCAAAUUGGUAAAUUCCCUACAAUAUUAUCAAGUAUAGAGAAGAAUGAAAUUCAAAGCGUUACGAAUUAUGAGAAUUGGUCACGUGAACAUCGGAAAAAGCAUAAAAAAUCAAAAAUGCAUUCAUCAAGUAAUUCUACUGAAAAUGAUUCGGUAAGAAGUAAGACAACAAAAGUAUCACCGCAUCCGCAUCCAGUAUAUAUGGAUGAAUCUGUUGAUAGCUUAUAUCAUAAGUUGAAUGGAAUUUCUGAUGAUAUUACACCAUCCAUUAGUGGAGGGCUAUCAGCUACAACAACACUAGUGUCGUGUACAAAUUCCCUGACGAAGACAAGACCAUCAGAUAUGAAAGAUGCAUGUGAAGACUAUUCAUCAAAUAUUAAUGAAGAGGAUGAUGAAGAGGAGGCGGUGGAAGAAGCUGGAGCAGGAGGAGAGGGAAAUUAUCCAUUCAAUAUGUUCUCUACUCCAGGUCAUAACAAUAAUAAUAAUAAUAAUAAUUUCCCUGGUGAUUACGAUAAUCGUUAUAAUACUUCAUCAUUCCGACAAUAUGAUCAUUGUCAGCCAUCCUCAUUAUCUCGUAAUGAUGAGAAUAUAAAACGUACAUUAAAUAAUAUCAUUAAUAUGAAUUAUUCAGUAAGACCAAAUCAUUCUCAGUAUACAGAAAAUUCAGGUAUGGAUGAAGAAGAAGAAAUCUAUAAAACAAUGAUAAAUACAAGUAAUCCAGAUGAUAUUAUUACAUCAUCAAGUAAUCCGAGUAGUCUUGAAAGACGAAUCAAUAAUCAUUCAACAGAAUUAGACUCAGACACUUGGAAUACAUCGAUACAUUCACAGUAUUCACAAAAUAUUCUACCACAUCAGCUGGCAUCAUUUUAUUCAAGUUGUUCAAAUGAAUUGGCUUUAAGACAAAGUUUGCUGUUCAAUUCACAUCAAAAUCAAAAUAGUCUAGAGACAGGGAAUUAUUCUAUGUAUCAUUCUCAUCCUCAUCAGUCUGAAUCUGGACGUCAUACAUCUUCGCCUCCUGCUCCACAACCACCCCCACCUCUGCCGCCAGCAGCAGCAGCAGCCGCGGCAACAAUGUCAACAAUACAAACCAGUAUAGAGCAUAAUUCUUCUACUGGAAUGAGUCGUAAUGAAAUGGAAUUUUUAAGUAAUUUCAAUAAAUUAUCGUCUGAUAAUAACCCCAGUGAACCAAAUGAUAUAAAAGUCGUAACAAAGUUCACUAAUGCAAUACAACAGCAGCAACAACAACAACAACAGCAACAAGGAACAAGACGAAUGAUAAAUGGUCCAUUAGGUCAGAAUACUUUAGAUGUAUGCAAGUUACCAUAUCAACAACAUCAACAGUCACAACAUCGACAAGGACCUGGUACUGGUAGUGGUCAAAUGAUUGAUGAUAUAAGCGCAGCAUAUCAUUCAGCUGCGGCUAUGGCAGCAGCGGCAGUAGUUGCACAAGCUGCAGUGGCUAGUGCAAAUGUGACAGGUCAUCAAAAUCAUUCUCACCUUCAUCAGCAUCACCAACAUCAUCCUCAUCCGCAUCCCAAUCCUCAAACCCAUCCGCAUCUCCAUCCUCAUUCUCAUUCUUCACUUCAACAUUCUAUCCCACUAACACAACAACACCAUCAACAACAACAACAACAAUCACAGUUCACUGAAAGUGAACAUUCCAUUAUGCAUUCACAUAAUACAGAACAAUACAGCAUGAAUACUAGUAAUAAUAAUAAUAGUAGUAGUAAUGGUAGUAAUAGUAGUAAUAACGGUAACAAUAAUAAUAUAUUGCAUCAAUCACAGUAUAAUAAUAUGAUGAAUCAAAGUCUAGGAUUAUUUCCUCUUAUGAACAAUUCGAAUUCGCUGAAUACAACAUUACAAAGUAUGAAUAAUAAUAAUAAUAAUAAAACAAUGAAAAAUAAAAAGCUUACAGUUACAGAAGGAAGAGAAUGUGUGAACUGUGGGGCUACAAGUACACCAUUGUGGAGACGAGAUGGUCAAGGCAAUUAUUUAUGUAAUGCUUGUGGAUUAUAUCAGAAAAUGAAUGGUCAAAAUCGUCCAUUAAUUAAGCCUAAAAGGAGAUUACAAUCUUCGAGUAGACGUACUGGUACUAUAUGCUCCAAUUGUCGUACAAUAACAACAACAUUAUGGCGUCGAAAUACUAAUGGUGAACCUGUGUGUAAUGCAUGUGGACUUUAUUUCAAAUUGCAUAACAUUCAACGACCAAUAUCAAUGAAAAAGGAUGGUAUUCAAACACGUAAUCGUAAAGUUUCACAAAAGACAAAAAAGCAUAAAUUUGGUUUUUAUUCCGAACUUUCUGAUUUACCAGUUGACUAUUUAAUGAAAACACCAUUACACCGGUUCGGCGCAGCUGCCGCAGCGGCCGCCGUAGCAGCCUCAAAUCAUUUUGCCUGUACUACUCGUGGUCUACAAGCUAUUCCGCCGCCGCCUAGUUCACCCAACUCUAUGCGUAAUCCUUAUUUAACUGGUUAUUUCACCGAUGGAAAUAUCAACAGUGGUGGUAGUCUAUUAAAUGGGAUAAAACAGCAUAAAGAUAAUGGAAGAGGUGAGCUGAAUCAUUCUGAUGAAGUUGGUCAGUUUACUGAUGUUACAAAAGCAUUUCAUGCUACAUUUGGUAGUUUAACAAAUAGUUCUGGAGAAGAGAUUAGACAUUCCAGUUUAUUAAAUAAUAAUAAUAAUGAUAAUAAUAAUAAUGGUAGUAGUAAUCAUUUCCAACUGCCUUCUCCACAUCCCUCACAAAUUCAUUCUCAACACCAUCUCGAACAACAACAACACCAACAUCAACAGUACCUUCAAAAACAACUAUCUCAACAGACAAAUCCUGUCAACUUUACAAGUGAUCUUUAUAACCAACAGGCAUCUUCUUUAAUCAAUAAUAACAAUAAUAACCAUCAACAAAUGAAUGAAAAGUACUCAAGAUAUCAAAAAUCGAAUUAUAAUUCUGGAUUGAUAUAUAAUCAUUCUGCUAGUGAUGAACAGAAUGCUAGUGCUGCCACCGCUUCCAAUAACAAUAAUGGUAAUGGUAACGGGAAUUCAGAAUGUAUGCCGUUAGGCGUAAAAACUUCAAGCCUAAUUCAUCAUUCCCCUACAGAUAUCAUGCUACAAUGGAAUUCACAUUUACGAUCUACACCGAAUCAAUUAGACGCAGGAGGUGUUGGCAAUUUCAGUCCUAAUUCUUUAUAUAAUCGUCAGCAUAUUAGCAGUAGUAGUAAUAGUAGUAGUAGCGCGGGUGGAAGUGUUACACACACUUCUUAUUAUAACCAAUCCGAUAAAAAUGAUUCAGAUCAAAUUGAUAAUAAUAAUAAUAACAAUAAUAAUAAUUUAACAGAUUCACUAAAUCAUCAUUCUGUUUUAUUGUCAUCAGAACAUCGAAGUACCGGGCAGGAUUUAUUAAAUUGUCAUGAAAUGAAAGUUUGUUGUACGGAUUCAUUAACGUCAAAUUCUGCUGGUAAUUAUCAUCACCAUCAGAAUUUAGAGUCUGUUAAACCACAAAAGCAAGAACAACCACACCACCACCAUCAACAACAGCAACAACCAUCACAACAGCAUCAGUUGACAAAUCAUUCUGAAUUAGGAGGAGUAGCAGGAGGAGCAUUCCCUUAAUAAUUAAUAAAUUGUCUUGUUAUUUAUUCGGUUGUGAUAUUUGCACAUAUAUAUACAUAUACGUAGCCAUUUCAACUUCUCACAUUCUUGUAUAAAUCUUCUAGUUGUACACGUCAUAAUAAUAACAUGGAGACAAAACAAACAAACACAGCAUUAUCUGAAGCAGUAGAUCCUAACUUCAAAUGGUUAUCGCGUGCUGUUAUCUUCACGCUGUUUAUUUCAUUCCAUGCAGUAAAAGAAGUAUCCCUUGUCCAAGAGAGAGAGAGAGAGGGUGUAACACUUCACUUCAAGAAUCAAUUCAUAGGAUGAUUGCAAUAUAGAAGAAUAAGAAAGCCCUUUCUGUCUGUCUGUCUCUCUCUCUCUCCCCUGAUACUCACACCACACACACAACACACACACGCACGUAUACACGUCCAUGCAGAAACAGAUUUUAAGGGCGGAUUUCAAAAUUAUCGUAUUCUACUUCUCUUCGUUACUUCAAAAAAAGAGGAAAGACGGGAAAAAACUCUAUACUACAAACUUCAUGACCAUUAUUACUGUUUUGCAUUUUUAUUAUAUAUAUAUAUUCUACAAAUCUAGGCGUAUCACUAAACCCGAAACGCAACAAUGCAUUCAAGUCAUCCAUCCUGUUUCGGUAAAGUGGAAUUGCCCUAGUGUAAUCAUGAAGACUGGGUGUAUGCGCGUAUCUGUGUGUGUAUGUGUGGGGGGUGGGGUGGGGUUGCGUUUACGUAUGUUUGAGUGUGCACAAGGCUUUAUAUAUAUAUAUAUAUAUAUAUAUAUAUAUAUAUAUAUAUAACCCGCUUUACGCAAAAACUUCAGAUUAUUCGUAACAUUUCCCACCAUCACAUUGCCAUUAUUAUUAUUAUCAUCACUAUGUUCGUUUGUUUUCAGAAAGAGAAUUUAAAACAGGCAUUAACAACACAUGCAUAUUAUCAUUUUUGAACCAACUAUUAUUUCCCUUCUACUCUGAUUGAAAAGUUUGCUUCGUUUAUGCAUACAACAAAACUCGACCUUUUCUUUUCUUUUAGUUAGUUAGUUUGUUUGUUCUACUUUUGAAUUUUACAAUAUUUUAAAUAUUAUUGCGAUAAGUAUAAACAAACAAACAAACAAUGCAUUAUUAUUAUUAUUCAAAUUUUAUUAAACGCAAUUUAUAUUCCCUCAUCUUUUUUUUAAAAAAAAACAGUUUCUACUCCUUAUAAAAAUAAUUAUUUAAAGUAAUCAGAGUAAUGUAAAAGACUGUCAGAUGACCACUACUCAAACUACUACUACUACUACUACCACUAUCGCUACUACUUCUCGAUGUGUGAAAGUAGUAUAUAUGACAUACAUUUUAGAUUUUUAAAAAAAAGGUGAUAUCUAUGCGUAAAACUUAUGCCUAAACUGUAUGUGUAUAUAAAUAUACAUUAAAAUAUAUCAAAUUAUUGCGUGCAUUUAUAUAAAUAUUGUCUGUAUCGAUAACUUCUAUAUUCUUCUUCAGCAGUCUGUAUAGUUGUCUCGUCAGUUUUUGUGUGUGUCUGCAUGUGUGUGUGUGUGUGUGUGAGUGAGCGUUUCGUUUCCUGUGUUCUGCGGUUCAUUAACCUGUUUGCGACUCCUGUUCCGUACUAAUACUUCUAUUAUUACUAUUACUCUUAUAAUUACGUUCCUCAGCAAAAGCGGACAGACGAAAACCAUUAUUAAUAUUAUUACUAUUAUUAUUAUGUGAUGUAUCUGUAUGACUUUUUAAGUGCAAAAAAACAUGUUACACAAGGUUAUUAAAAAUUAUUACAAAUUUUAAUGAUUUCCUUUAAAUUUUGCUUAAAUAAAUAAAAUAAUUGGGUAAAUUAAAGAACAUAAAUAAGAAAUAAGUUUUACAAGUGAAUCAGAAUGAUAGAGACAAUAGUAAUAUGUAAUGAUGUAAUGUAUUGUAUAGUUAGUUAAUAAUAAAU